CUUCCGUCAGAAACAAGUGUAGCAACAGCAGAUCUAGAGUACCAUCCAACAGUAACUUACGUGCCCUGGGAUGUUAUACUUGCAAAAAUGGCUAACUGGAGCAACCCCGUUAAUCUAAGCUUUAGCGACGGGUUGCCCCUGCCAGUGCUCAGCUGUGUGCCAGAGUUUAAGGUCUGCCAAGAUCCGACCCAAUACUAUGAUGUUCUUAAGAGUUCAGUUGUCUUUAAGGCAUUAUGUGUGAGCACAGAUUUUGCCUGCAAGACAUUGAUAAUCGCCUAUGACGAAGCUUCUCUCUGUCAAUGUAUCUCAGCCUCAGUUUACAACAAGGAAAGAACUGUGAAUGAUACACUAAAGUUGACAAAUAUGACUCUCCUUGAUGAAUGCCCAUUGACCCAUGAUAAUACUGAUGAAAAAAAGAGCCAAGUCAGCACUCAUAUUCUGUACGGAACUAACAUACUUAAGAUUAACAAUACAGUAUUACCUUCACUGAAUAUCUGUACUCUGAUCAUUGACGAUACUGGUGAGUGUAAAGACAAACUAGAUUCGUGGCCGUUUACUAUGGAAAUAUUUACUUGUAGUUUCAUAAUCAUUUUUAUAGCUUUUGUUCUGUUUACAAUUUGGAAAAGAAUAAGGAAAGAAAACGAUCGAAUCUCCGACCAAGAAAAUAUUGAGUUAGAGAGUGAAGUAACACUUAUGGAAAACAACGAAAUUACUUAUUAAAGUCUCAGUGUAACGAUCAUAUCCACACGACCGAUCAUAUCAACACAACUGAUCAUAUCCACACGACUGAUCAUAUCCACACGACUGACCAUAUCCACAUGACUGACCAUAUCCACACGACUGACCAUAUCCACAUGACUGACCAUAUCCACACGACUGACCAUAUCCACAUGACUGACCAUAUCCACACGACUGACCAUAACUACACGACUGACCAUAACCACACAACUGACCUUAACCACACGACUGGCCAUAUCCACACGACUGACCAUAUCCACUCUACUGAUCAUAUACCUACACUACUAACCAUAUAUCCACACGACUGACCAUAUCCACUCUACUGAUCAUAUACCUACACUACUAACCAUAUACCCACACGACUGACCAUAUCCACACGACUGACCAUAUCCACACGACUGAUCAUAUACCUACACUACUAACCAUAUGCCCACACGACUGACCAUAUCCACACGACUGACCUUAACCACACGACUGACCAUAUCCACACGACUGAUCAUAUACCUACACUACUAAACAUAUACCCACACGACUGACCAUAUCCACACGACUGACCAUAUCCACUCUACUGAUCAUAUACCUACACUACUAACCAUAUACCCACACGACUGACCAUAUCCACACGACUGACCAUAUCCACACGACUGACCAAAUCCACACGGCUGAUCAUAUACCUACACUACUAACCAUAUGCCCACACGACUGACCAUAUCCACACGACUGACCUUAACCACACGACUGACCAUAUCCACACUACUGAUCAUAUACCUACACUACUAACCAUAUACCCACACGACUGACCAUAUCCACACGACUGACCUUAACCACACGAUUGACCAUAUUCACACGACUGACCUUAACCACACGACUGACCAUAUCCACACGACUGACCAUAUCCACACGACUGACCUUAACCACACGACUGGCCAUAUCCACACGACUGAUCAUAUACCUACACUACUAACCAUAUAUCAACAAAACUGACCAUAUCCACACAAAUGACCUUACCCAUACGACUCACCAUAUCCAAACGACUGGCCAUAUACCCACACGACUGGCCAUAUCCAAAAGACUAGUUAUAUACCUACACUACUAACCCUCUACCCACACGACUGACCAUAUCUACACGACUGACCUUAACCACACAACUGACCAUAUCCACACGACUGACCAUAUCCACACGACUGACCUGAACCACACAACUGAUCAUAUCCACACGAGUGAUCGUAUACCCACACUAGUAACUAUAUACCCACACGACUGACCAUAACUACACGGCCUAACUCAACCACACGACUGACCAUAUUAACACAACUUACCAUAUACCCACACUACUAACCGUGUAUCCACACAACUGACCAUAUCCACAAACUGAUCUUAACCACACUACUGACCAUAUCUAAACAACUGGCCAUGUACCCACAUGACUGGCCAUAACCACACGACUGAUCACAUACCCACACUACUAACCAUAUACCCACGCUACUGACCAAACCCACACGAUUGACCUUAACCACACUACUAACCUUAACCACACGACUGACCAUACCCACAUGACUGACCAUAUCCACACGACUGACCAUAUCCACACGACUGACCAUAUCCACACAACUGACCAUACCCACACGACUGACCAUAUCCACACGACUGACCUUAACCACACGAUUGAUCAUACCUACUCGACUGAACUUACCCACACGGCUCACCUUAUCCACACGACUGACCUUAGCCACACGACUGACCAUAUGCACACGACGGACCUUAACCACACGACUGACCAUAUCUACACGACUGAUCAUAUACCCACACGAAUGACCAUAUAAAGACAGUGAUGAUAUUUAGACUUCCAGUACAUUUCUCAUUUCAUAGAAGCUAUCUGUUAAUCUAAAGACACGAAUGGUGAGGAGUAACAACAAUGUAGAGGACAUUUCUUUACAAGUUUGUGGAUGAAAAUGGAACAUUAUCGACAAGAAUAACAGCGAAAACGACAGUACAAGCAUUAUGGAAUAUUUCUUUUUUUAAACGUUUCCGCUGCUUAUCCGACUCUAUAAAGCUCUCAACAGAACGUAAUUUUAUCCCAAUAAAAAUUAUUCUGCAAUAAUUUCCUUUGUACUCCUACUAAUUUAAUUUUUGCAAGGCGCUCUGAGUGCCCUAAUGCCAGCAUGUAUUUUACUGUUGAAUCUACAGUAUCUGACUUUUCAAGCGAAGUUCCUCGAUGCCAGAAAAUCUCUUGAUUAAUUAAACCUGACUUCCCUCCCUCUCUCUCUCUUUCAUCAAACCUAAUUACCUCUUAUUUUCCUAU